AUGGUUUUUUAUGGUACCCAAAUCCAAACCGCCUUAUUCAAGUUCAACCCUUCACCCUGUUACAAGCUCCUUCUCCCGAGAGUCACUAAGAUUUCGAUGACGAAAAUCCAGGGUCAUUCUAAAAGAUCCAUUUGCCCGUCUUGUUCCAAACCCACACGAACGUGUCUCUGUUCUCGAAUCCUCACACCGGGUAUCCAAAAUUCUGUCCACGUAACCAUUCUGCAGCACGAGCUUGAGCGUAAGCACCCCCUCAAUUCUACUAGAAUCGCUAGAUUGGGCCUCAAGAAUCUCACCGUUGCAACUGUUUCUGAUGUUAAUUUCCAAGCCCGGUUCCUGUUUUGGUUGUUUGAUCGGAAUUCUCAAUUGGGUGGUGCUGUAAACGUGCCGAAUGGACUGCUUUCUCGUCCGUAUUGCAAUUUUGGAGACACCAAUAAACUGUUUUCUGAGAAAAAUCCGAACUUGAGUGAUACUGAUAAUGCCGUAAAAUGUGGGUUCGGAAAUGAUCUUGCUCAUGUUAUGGAUUCUCCCACUCAUACUGAAGUUGGGACUCAAGUGAGUAUCAGUGAUGGUGCAGUCGUGAGUGAUGAAGUUGAGAAAAACGCAAUUUGUCCAAAUUGUGAUUUAACUAGAGGUGUGCAUGAAGAGAAUGGUAGGCUGGCUAUUAGUGUUGCCAUUGGCAAAUAUGGUGCUAUUAGCUCUCUGUCUCAUAUUUGGAUGGCAGAAGCACAAUUUCCAUCCGCCAAGUUAAGUUUUGACAAUAUUUUGGCUUAUCCUGAAGCUUCCGGAGCACUCUCGAAAGGGUUUUUGGUGAAGAAGUUUCAAAGGAAGCACCUGAAUAGGGAUGCAGACUUGGAAGAAGAAUGUGAAGAAUUUGAGCUGGAGGUUCGUCCUGGAUCAGUGCUACUAUUUCCCUCUAAUAAGGCUGUGAAUAUUAGUGACCUAGGUGCUAUUGGUUUUAAUGUGACGAACUUGAUUGUUCUGGAUGGAACAUGGGCUAAGGCAAAAAGGAUUUACAGUGAAAAUCCUUGGUUGAACGUUUUGCCCCAUGUGAAGUUGGAAGUGAAUGAGACGAGCUUAUAUAGUGAAGUGAGACAUCAGCCUAAAGCUGGUUAUUUGUCUACCAUUGAGAGUAUUGUAUUUGCAUUGAAGGCAGUUGGGGAGAAUCACGAGGGUUUGGAUGGUCUCUUGGAUACUUUUGAGUCCAUGGUUGGAGAUCAGAGACGCUGUAAAGAAGAGAGACUGAACAAACACUUCUCCAGCUGA